AUGGCUGCUCGAUCUCUCCCCAGAAGCCUCUCGAGGCAGCUGGCCUUUAUCCGACCCUAUGGAACGGUGCAGAACAGCGUCCCCAAGCCGACGGCUACCACAGUGGCGCCAUCUCCUACGAGCUCGCUGCCGGUAGCGCUGCAAGAUGCAAUCGCGGCCAGCGCGCCUCGUACAUCCUGGACUCGCGAGGAGAUCACUCAGAUAUACCGGACUCCGCUAAACCAGCUCACAUUUGCUGCCGCUGCUGUCCACCGUAACUUCCAUGAUCCCGCUGCCAUUCAGAUGUGCACGCUGAUGAACAUCAAGACCGGCGGAUGUAGUGAAGACUGCUCAUACUGCUCGCAAUCGUCAAGAUACAACACCGGUCUCAAGGCAACAAAACUGAGCACUGUUGAUUCUGUUUUGGAGGCUGCUCGCAUCGCCAAGGAGAACGGGAGCACCAGGUUCUGUAUGGGUGCUGCAUGGCGUGACAUGCGUGGCCGCAAGUCCAACCUGAAGAACAUCAAGGCGAUGGUUAGUGGUGUGCGCGAGAUGGGCAUGGAAGUGUGUGUCACGCUCGGCAUGAUCGAUGGUGAACAGGCAAAAGAGCUGAAGGAAGCCGGCUUGACUGCUUACAACCAUAACGUCGACACAUCUAGAGAAUUCUACCCCUCCAUCAUCACUACGCGGUCUUACGAUGAGCGUAUCCAGACUCUCAGCCACGUCCGUGAUGCUGGCAUCAAUGUCUGCUCUGGUGGUAUCCUUGGUCUCGGCGAGGAAGACUCUGACCGCGUGGGAUUGAUCCAUACAGUUGCAACACUGCCUGCUCACCCAGAAUCUUUCCCCGUUAAUGCCUUAGUGCCUAUCAAAGGUACUCCCCUGGGCAACAGGAAGAUGAUCGAGUUUGACAAGUUGCUGCGAACAGUUGCUACGGCUAGAAUUGUUCUCCCCGCCACCAUUGUUCGUCUGGCAGCCGGCCGUAUCUCCUUGACGGAGGAGCAGCAGGUUACUUGCUUCAUGUCUGGCGCAAAUGCCAUCUUCACCGGUGAGCGAAUGCUUACCACUGACUGCACCGGCUGGGAUGAGGAUAAGAAGAUGUUCGAUAAAUGGGGAUAUUAUCCCAUGAAGAGCUUUGAGCGUGGAGAAUAUAAGGGAAUUGCGGAAAAGCAGCCUUCUCCAGUGAGUGACGUUGUUGAGCCGGCCCAGCCUGCCGCUGCACCAGUUGCAUAG